CCCUCGCAAAUCCCGCGACUGGGCUGCUGUCCCCGCGGGUGCGCGCCCCGCCUCCGUCGCGUACCCCAACAGGUAGCGCGGGCCGUGCCUGGGGACUGAGAGGCGCCCUGGAGCAGACGGAGGAGGAGGUGGCUGUGCGGCCCGAGACGCCCGAGGACGAUGAGGACGAAGAGGAGGCGCUGCCACACUCCGAGGCGGUAGACGUGUUCCAGGAGGGUCUCGCCAUGGUCGUGCAGGACCCGCUGCUAUGCGAUCUACCGAUCCAGGUUACUUUAGAAGAGGUCAAUUCACAAAUAGCACUAGAAUAUGGCCAAGCAAUGACAGUCCGAGUGUGCAAGAUGGAUGGAGAAAUAAUGCCUGUGGUUGUGGUACAGAAUGCUACGGUCCUGGACCUGAAGAAGGCCAUUCAGAGAUACGUGCAGCUCAGGCAGGAGCGGGAAGGAGGCAUUCAGCACAUCAGCUGGUCCUAUGUGUGGAGGACAUACUACCUGACCUCUGCAGGAGAGAAGCUCACUGAGGACAGGAAGAAGCUUCGAGAUUACGGUAUCCGGAAUCGGGAUGAGGUGUCCUUCAUCAAAAAGCUGAGGCAAAAAUGAACCUCCAGACAAGGACAACUGUGCUGCUGACCAAGCUCUCCCCACCCCCAGGAGGAAGCCUUCGACAACUGUUCCCUUUUUGCAGAAGAGUGUUGAGGUGGCCUGCACCUAGCUGGAACACCCUAAUCAUGUGGCAGAUGGGCCUGGCCCUCUGUACAGGAUUCAUCCAUUUGCUUCUUAGUUUGAAAAGUAAAAAAGCCACAGUACUUGGGGCAGGAGGGACUGGUGCUGCCCAGUCCCAGAGGGAAAGCAAGGGCAGAGAAUAGGGCACGUGAGUGCUAAGGUGGAGGACGCUUCACCUGAGCCCUGUGGCCACCCCCUGGCCAUAAGACCCUUUUACUGUGAUCUCUAAAGCAGGGGGAAAUAAAGGCAGAGUGGCUGGC